CUUUGCUUCCUAGUUGCAAAGCUUCUCUUUCGGAAUCUUGGGUAUGGCUUCAUCUCGAGAAGGUCAUUACAGGGGAGUGAGGAAGAGACCCUGGGGAAGGUAUGCUGCUGAAAUAAGGGAUCCCUGGAAGAAGACAAGGGUUUGGCUGGGCACUUUCGACACUCCAGAGGAAGCUGCUCUGGCCUAUGAUGGUGCUGCAAGAUCUCUUAGAGGUGCCAAGGCUAAGACCAAUUUUCCUCCUCCAGUCACAGGUUUCUCACUUGACCUCAACCUCCCUUCCUCAUCCUCCUCCGAUCGAUGGCCUCCUGCUUCCUCUUCUUCUUCUCGUGCUGCUGGUUUUGUUAUCGGAGAGCUUCUGCAGACUCGGGUUCUCAGGGAGAUGAGCUGUUGUGAAGAACCUCUGCUAAGGGAUCCCCCCAGCCCGGCUCAACCGUCUCCAACAGAACCUGCCUCUGGUGCUGCUGCUGCUGCUGCUCGUCCUUUCUACGGGAUGAUGAGAAAGGGUCUGUCUAUUGACUUGAAUGAGCCCCCUCCAGCCACCACGUCCACAUCCCCAUUCUGCUUCUCAUGAACGAAUGAA